AUACACACACCUAUUGAGCGCGUGAGCGAGGCGAGGAACGCGAGUCUCUUCUACUGGUGCUAGCAACAGUCAACCACUUCGGCAUCAGUUGUUCAACCGAACCUCUUCUCUACCUACUGCUGCUGUGGCGAGUCAGGCACUACCGGCCCCGGCUCGGCGACCAUGGCUCUGUCCACCUGUCGCGUCCUCUGUUUUCGGCUGGGGCCCGGUCAGGAGCUAGUUGCCGAGCUCACCGCUAGGUGUCAGCAGGCGGGCCUGAGGGCGGCCUUCGUCGUCACCUGUGUGGGCAGUGUGAGCGGCUGUCGACUGCGACUAGCAUCGACCCCGGACGGGCGAACAGACACGUAUAUGGACAGCAGCGAGUUUCUGGAGAUCUGCGGACUGGUGGGGACCGUAUCGCCGGACGGCGCGCACCUGCACGUGACCCUAGGUCGCGCUGACGGCUCGACACUGUCCGGUCACGUGAUCUCACUGACCGUCCAGACGACGGCCGAGCUGGUGGUGGGCGAGGCAGAGGACUUGGAGUUCUCCCGGGAGGAGGAUGCCGGUACCGGAUACCGCGAGCUGGUGGUCAGAGAGAGAGGAGGGACUGACGCGGGGCUCAGAGAUUAGCCCGGAUAAAUGAUGGGAGUUAUUGUUGUUUAUUGGGGCUUUAGGGCGCGUCGACUGCAAAGGUCAUUUUGUGAUGGGAGUUAAAUACAUAACAUAAAGGAA